ACAAUUGUAGACCUGCACCAGGCUGGGAAGACUGAAUCUGCAAUAGGUUAUCAGCUUGGAUUGAAGACAUCAACUGUGGGAGCAAUUAUUAGGAAAUGGAAGACAUACAAGACCACUGAUAAUCUCCCUCGAUCUGGGGCUCCACGCAAGAUCUCACCCCGUGAUGUCAAAAUGAUCACAAGAACGGUGAGCAAAAAUCCCAGAACCACACGGGGGGACCUAGUGAAUGACCUGCAGAGAGCUCGGACCAAAGUAACAAAGCCUACCAUCAGUAACACACUACGCUGCCAGGGACUCAAAUCCUGCAGUGCCAGACGUGUCCCCCUGCUUAAGCCAGUACAUGUCCAGGCCCGUCUGAAGUUUGCUGGAGAGCAUUUAGAUGAUCCAGAAGAAGAUUGGGAGAAUGUCAUAUGGUCAGAUGAAACCAAAAUAUAACUUUUUGGUAAAAAACAACUCUUCGUGUUUGGAGGACAAAGAAUGCUGAGUUGCAUCUGAAGAACACCAUACCUACUGUGAAGCAUGGGGGUGGAAACAUCAUGCUUUGGGGCUGUUUUUCUGCAAAGGGACCAGGACGACUGAUCCGUGUAAAGUAAAGAAUGAAUGGGGCCAUGUAUCGUGAGAUUUUGAGUGAAAACCUCCUUCCAUCAGCAAGGGCAUUGAAGAUGAAACGUGGCUGGGUCUUUCAGCAUGACAAUGAUCCCAUCACACCGCCCGGGCAACGAAGGAGUGGCUUCGUAAGAAGCAUUUCAAGGUCCUGGAGUGGCCUAACCAGUCUCCAGAUCUCAACCCCAUAGAAAAUCUUUGGAGGGAGUUGAAAGUCCGUGUUGCCCAGCAACAGCCCCAAAACAUCACUGCUCUAGAGGAGAUCUGCAUGGAGGAAUGGGCCAAAAUACCAGCAACAGUGUGUGAAAACCUUGUGAAAACUUACAGAAAACGUUUGACCUCUGUCAUUGCCAACAAAGGGUAUAUAACAAAUUGAGAUAAACUUUUGUUAUUGACCAAAUACUUAUUUUCCACCAUAAUUUGCAAAUAAAUUCAUUAAAAAUUCAUAAAAAUCCUACAAUGUGAUUUUCUGGAUUUUUUUUCUCUCAUUUUGUACGUCAUAGUUGAAGUGUACCUAUGAUGAAAAUUACAGGCCUCUCUCAUCUUUUUAAGUGGGAGAACUUGCACAAUUGGUUGCUGACUAAAUACUUUUUUGCCCCACUGUAUAAAACACAAGAAAAUCACACUUUGGACUGCACUGGGCCUUUAACAAACGUGUACAAUGGUUAAAUAAACCUGGAACAAACAUAUUAUUGUGGUUUUUCGGAUAAAUCCAAAGCCUACAAUGUAUAAAGGACGAUAAAGACAGAUUAAUUACUGUAUAGUGCUACUGGUCAAGCAUGUGCCUUGUGGAGUCUUUCUAAGUUUUAUUUAUGUUUUGAUAAGGGUUCCUUCUUCAUUCUCAGUAUACACAGUCUUUGUCAGGUAGAUCUGAUUGGUCAGUGGUGAGGGUGUGGUGUUAGCCUUUAUUUAACUAAGGCAAUAGACACUGAUAUGUGCACAGUCUGCACACACAUGUUUCUACAUUCUGUGUGAUAUUUUAAAGAAGUACAUUCAAGCAAAACAAUACUUUAAUGUAUGACAACUUGAUUAUUAUGACCUGUGUGAAAGCAUGUAUGUAUAGGCAUCCACUGUAUGUGCUUAAGGGUGCAAGGAGUGGCAACAUAAUAUACUGUUGACAGGUAGCUAGAGAAGAACUACAUCUAAUUACUAAUAGUAAUGUGGAGAGAGAGAGAGCGAGAGAGCGAGAGAGAUGUGUGCAACAUCACACGUGUUGGCUCCAGGCAUGACGCCUGCUGUAUAACUCUAAAUUACUGUCCCAGAAUAAUGGGCCAGCUUUGUUAGAAUAGAAUGGUCAGAUGUGAGCUCAACAUUUAUGAUAAUAGAUUUUGGAGGAAAGGGUGUUUCUAAUGAGGAUUUUUGGAACGAUUUGUAGAUUAAUUGUUUUGAUUUAUUUUUAUUCUACAAUUUUUGGUUGCAUAUUCCUCUAUACUAAAAAUGAAUAGUUCUAUAAAUUAGCUAAUAUUUUCUUUGUUUUUUGCAUAGUGGAAAUCCCAGUGGGCAUAUAGACUCACACUUUGCUCAUAGCUUCUAUACACAUGCAGAGACAGGCCAAAACCAGUCAAAACCAAUGAUCUUUCUAUAGAAGGGUGUGAGAGUGAGAAUAUGCUGUUUAUAUGAAUCUUAACUGAUUCAUUUAUAUACAGUACAGUUGCUCCUUGUGUUAGAUACAACUACUUAUAUUGUCUUUAUUUAUUUAUAUUUGACAUGGUUUUGGAACCAUGAAUGGCCAUGUGUCUUCUGAAAACCAGAUAUAACAAAUGUCACUAAGCAGUGUUGAACUUUAUUAGCAUACAGGCCUAGUGAUCUGGAUCAACUAUUGAACUUUGGCAUAGAUUAAUGUUAAUGUUAAUGUUCCUAAUUACACAGUUAUAUUUGUUUCUGGUAAUGUCAUAUUCCAGAGGUUUCAAGGCAGCAGUGAUUCCAUUAUUGUGCCAUGCCUGUGGCACAUUUUUUGUAUUUUUAACCCUAGUGGCCUCUUAAGUGGCAGACUAAGUAGGAACUGGCUAUGACUUAGUUGACUAGUGGAUCCUGGCACACCAUUUGCGAACCACUCAGACUAAUGCUUAAAUACUUAACACCAAAAGUUGGUAGGGGGAUGGACAAUCUGUUUAAAAAUGCUGCUACAUUUUGGGAUUUAUCUUUUCAUAUGCUGUUUGUAAUGGAACAGUGGUGUCAAUUGUAUUCCGUGUUCUCAGAACAAAUUAUGUUUUAUACUAGAUGAGCGGAACUAAAGAUGAAACGUUAGUUAGCCGUGAGCGAGUUUCAGUUUGGAGACUAGUAACCCACCAGCAGAAAGGGUCCUUUGUGAGAAAGAGAUGUUGACGUCAAAUGAACCCUGUGAAGACAUAAAUUCUCAGUUUAACUAGAACAACACAACACAGGGAGGAUGAGCCCUGGUAUCCUCCCCCUGUCUCCUAACUUACAUAACUCAUGAGGGGUUUUCCUUUAAUAACUUCAACUGACCAAGUCUGUCCUCUUAUUUUCAUGUUAGCCCUGUGUCCACACAGUUGACUGACCAGAACAAGGGAAUAUCUGAUACAUACUAUCAUACAAAUUACAAUAUGUUGGAGAUGCUUGAAUACAGCCAUUACCAGGUACAGACACAUCUGGAGAACCCCACCAAGUACCACAUCCAGCAGGCCCAGAGGAAGCAGGUGAGGCAGUACCUGUCCACAACCCUUGGGGGUAAGCCUGGCAGCCAGGCCGGAAGCCUGCAGUGCCCCAGCCAGCCCCCGGAGCACGGGAUGCCCCCCGGCCCAGGCAGCAGUGCCCCCAACAGCCCCAUGGCCCUGCUGACCCUCAGCUCCAACUGCGAGAAGGAGAUGGAUGAUGUCAUCGAUGACAUUAUUAGCUUGGAAACAAGUUAUAAUGAGGAUAUUUUUGGACUUAUGGACCCAGGACUCCAGGUUACUAAUACACUCCCUGUAUCUGGUAACCUUCUGGACAUGUAUGGGAAUCAAGGGCUUCCCCCAAAUGGACUUGCCAUAAGUAACUCCUGCCCUGGUAGCUUAUCCAACAUCAAAAGGGAAUUCUCAGCUCCUGGCAUGAUGCACGUACUGGACAACACUGGAUCCUAUGGCCAGUUUGACAACUACCAAAGGCCCGAGGGCUUUCCAGUUGCUGAGGUUCGAGCGAUGGCCAAGGAGAGACAAAAAAAGGACAACCACAACUUAAUUGAACGAAGGAGAAGGUUCAACAUCAACGAUCGAAUCAAAGAGCUUGGAACCCUGAUUCCUAAGUCUAAUGAUCCGGACAUGCGCUGGAAUAAGGGCACCAUUCUGAAGGCCUCAGUGGACUACAUCAGAAAGCUGCAGAAGGAGCAGCAGAGAGCCAAGGAGGUGGAGCUUAGACAGAGAAGGCUGGAGCAUGCCAACCGCCAUCUGAUGCUGCGCAUACAGGAGUUGGAGAUGCAGGCGCGGGCUCAUGGUCUUGCAAUUCUGCCGUCGUCUUCCCUCUGCUCCUCUGAGCUGAUAGCCCGAGCCAUCAAGCAGGAGCCCAUCUUAGGAGACUGUCCCUCAGACCUGUACCAGCAGCCAGGUCCCGACAUGUCCCCUCCCACCACACUGGACCUCAACAACGGUACCAUCCACUUUAACGACAGCCCUGUGGAUGCAGGUGACCCAGGGGCAUAUGGCUCCAGCAAAGCAUCCACUAAACUGAAGGACAUUCUAAUGGACAACACCCUGUCGCCCAUAUCAUCCAAUGACCCCCUUCUGUCCUCAGCUUCCCCAGACACCUCCAACAGCAGCAGCAGGCGUAGCAGCAGCUCAAGCAUGGAGGAGAAUGAUCAUGGUUGUUAGCACUGCCCACAAGCUCAAAUCACACUGACAUUUUAUAAAGUAGCAUUGUUAUUACUGGAGCCAACGCUAGGUGCUGCUAUGGCCUAUUCCUUGAGAUAAAGACAGUGGGAUUUUCCCUCCCAUUGUGUUCAGAAGUUUUGUCUUUUGUUUUUGUUUGUUUUACAAUAUUGUGUCUCUUUCUGGAUUCAAAUCUGGUUGUUCAGAUUAGGCUACCCUGCCUAAGGUGACUGCUGAGAUUUCACUGUACUGUAGCGUUCACUUUUCAUGUGAAUUAUUUGACAGGAAGUGCACAAUAACAUGGCAAUAAUAUAUUUUAUGUGUAAUAUUUCUAUAUUUUUUUCAUAUCAUGACCAUUUGUUGAAUUAGUUUAAAACAUUUGUUUUGUGAGACAUCAUAGAGAAAUAUAUAUUUAGUUGAAUACUUAAAUUAACUGAUAAUAACAUUUCACCAAGAUUUUAAGAUGAGAUAAGACACAUUUUUACCCUUAAAUUUAGAAGCAAUGGUUUGAAACCUACAAUAUUAUUUGAGACUAGAAACAACUUUCAGGAACAAUGAAUACAAUUUCAAUGAAUACAACCUGUUGAUGAAUUUUGUUUCCGACGUGGUGAUAUCUAAAGUGAAGAUAUUUGUACAAAACACUGUAAAUACACAUAUUUUGUGAUUUAGUUUUUUGAAGUAGGCCUUUAAUUAAGUAUUAAAUUGAAAGUGAAUUCAUUUUA